AUGGCUUCACCGGCUACGCCCACAAGCCUGCAAGUCAAGGAGGGCGUCGACCGCGUCAAAGUCCUCCUAAGGGCCAAGGACGAUACAUCGCGGUUCUGUGGUCUGACCUGGACCCGGGGGCUUCUGAACAACAGCGAAAUCCGUGAGAAUCAUGACCUCGUCUACGAGCUGUGGACCUGCAUCUCGCCCAGGUUCCUCGACCGCUUGAUACGGACCGGUUCUCAAGCUCCCUCCCCAGACACCCAUGAACGCCAUGAUCAGUACCUGAAUCUGGCCGUCGACAUCAUCCACGCCUUUGCAGCACUGGUGCCGAGCUAUUCGACCUACGAUUCUUUUCAUGGUCGGAUUCCCAAUCUCGUCAGGUCCGUGCGGCACAGCUCUGAUGAGACAAUCGACAACGUCCUGGGACUGUUAGAAACCCUCGUUCAGCAACCCAAGCAUUGUGCAGAUACGGUCGGUGGUGCCACGAUUCUAGCCGAUAUGCCUGUUGAGGACUGGGAGAUUCUAAUCAACGUCGACCCGCGACAUGUACAAGUAUUCAACAUAUUCUACUGGGCCUGGACGGUCGGCAGUGAUCCGUCACGGGGACCUUCCGCCUUGAAGAGUGGAAAGAUCAGCCAGGGUCUCCGUCUGUUUGCUUCCUCUUUUGUAAACACACCAGCGACUGGUCCUCUCCUGAACUUCGUGGCUUCUAUCGUCGAAGAUCUCUAUAUCGCUGCCAGACCGUCGGUGAACGAUGCAGACUCGUGGCUGAUACACAUCGGAUGGAUGGUGCAGAGGUUGUCUACGGGUAAACAGUCCGAAGAGGGACGUAGCGCAUAUAUCAACUGCGCUGCUGCUCUCCUGAGAGUAUUCCCAGAAAAGUCUGCUGAUGUCCUGUUCGGCGACGACCAAGACUCUUCAAAGCCUUUUGCGUACAUCUUCGUCAGCAUGGUACAGGUGGAUUUCCACUCCGCCAUACAUUUGUUGCAAUCUGAUCUCACCGCCUCGGAGUACUCCCGGAUCGCGCAGCGUCUCGCUUCAGCCCUGGACGUACUGACAUCAUUUGUUGGUUGCCUGAUCGAGCGUGCCGACCAACCGGGUGUUGUGAUUGGUGGGGGCCUCAGUUUCGUUCCUGAGAAACUCCUCAAGUACCGCGAUCUGCUUGUCAGGGCCGUUUCCGAUGCAACGGAAUAUCUCCAGGACCAACAGGCCGCAAUAUCAGUCGCAAUAUCAGCAGAAGCUCAGGGGAUGGCUCUCAAAAAGAUCUUCGCCGACCCUCUCACGGAAUCUGCUAUUCGCUUCAUAGCGCUCUGGCUCCGUGAAGAUAAUGCCGACUCCCUCACGGUGGAGGCCGCUUCCACGUUGAUGGACGUGUUCAAGGCCUUCUACAUUCACAAAACAACAUCCAAGCAGGAAGCCACGGUCCCUGAGCUGCGCCUUCCAAUUCUCGCAAUUCUCGAAGUAGUCAUCACAACGUCCGAAGGCCGUUCGAGGUUCUUCGAAUACGACUGGUUCAACUGCUUCUGGGCCGACUUCCAGCCUACCAGGGGUCCCGAAACCCCUCCGGAUGAGCAAAGGGUUCUUCGUAUGCUGUCGGCAAAAGGCCUCCAUGACGAAAUCAUGUCACACCAGAGAGAGCUUGCGCCAGACAUACUGUCGAACUGGACAAGACUGGACCAUUUGAUUGAACACUUCAUCGAGUUCGAGGAUUGA